UGUUGGACGUCAACGAUAACGCCCCCAUCUUCGUCAGCACCCCCUUCCAGGCCACUGUGCUGGAGAACGUGCCGGUGGGUUACUCUGUCAUUCACAUCCAAGCCAUCGACGCCGAUUCGGGUGACAACGGGCGGUUGGUCUACACCCUCCUGGAGACUGGCGCCGGCUUCCCCUUCACCAUCAACAACAGCACAGGCUGGAUCGUGGUGGCCUCCGAGCUGGACCGGGAGGCGAUGGACUUCUACAGCUUUGGGGUGGAGGCGCAGGACCAGGGGAACCCCCCCAUGGCGUCCUCGGCCAGUGUCAGCGUCACCAUCCUGGACGUCAACGACAACAGCCCUGAGUUCACGCAACGGGAGUAUGGCACGCGGCUGAACGAGGACGCGGCGGUGGGCACCAGUGUCCUCACCGUCUCGGCCAUCGACCGUGAUGCCAACAGCGUCAUCACCUACCAGAUCUCCAACGGAGCGCCUCUCGUCCUCACCAUCGCCGCCUCCGACGGCACACGCCAGGACACGGCCCAGCUGGUCAUCAACGUCACCGACGCCAACACCCACCGCCCCGUCUUCCAGAGCUCCCACUACACUGUCAACAUCAACGAGGACCGGCCAGUGGGCACCACGGUGGUGGUGAUCAGCGCCACGGAUGAGGACACGGGGGAGAACGCCCGCAUCACCUACCUGAUGGAGGACAGCAUCCCCCAGUUCCGCAUCGCCGCCGAGACGGGCGCCGUCACCACCCAGAUGGAGCUGGACUAUGAGGACCAGGUGUCCUACACCUUGGCCAUCACGGCACGGGAUAACGGCAUCCCGCAAAAAUCUGACACCACCUACCUGGAGAUCCUGGUGAGUGACGUCAACGACAACGCGCCCCAGUUCCUCCGUGACUCCUACCAGGGCUCCGUCUACGAGGACGUCCCCGCCUUCACUAGCGUCCUCCAGGUCUCGGCCACUGACCGCGACUCGGGGCUCAACGGGAGGGUCUUCUACACCUUCCAAGGCGGUGACGACGGCGACGGCGACUUCAUCAUCGAGUCCACCUCAGGCAUCGUCCGCACGUUGCGCCGCCUGGACCGGGAGAACGUCCCAGUCUACACCCUGCGGGCGUUGGCGGUGGACAAGGGCGUCCCGGCCAAGCGGACGCUGGUGGAGAUCCAAGUGAUGGUGUUGGACGUCAAUGACAACCCGCCCGUCUUCGAGCGGGACGAGUUUGACAUCUUCGUGGAGGAGAACAGCCCCAUCGGGCUAGUGGUGGCCCGCAUCACGGCCAGCGACCCCGACGAGGGCACCAACGCCCAGAUCAUGUACCAGAUCGUGGAGGGCAACAUCCCCGAGGUCUUCCAGUUGGACAUCUUCUCCGGCGAGCUCACCGCCUUGACUGACCUGGACUACGAGACCAAAGCCGAGUACGUCAUGGUGGUCCAGGCCACCUCGGCGCCCCUGGUCAGCCGGGCCACUGUCCACGUCCGCCUGCGCGAC